UUGUGUUCUAAUAGCGUUGUGCGUCUCGGUUGUUUCAUAGUCACUGUUUUAUGCCGGUUUAAUUGAUCAAAACAAACAGAAAUUCAUCGUGACAAUUGUCGUGAACUUUUUUGUAACAAAUAAUUUAUAAACUAUCACAAAAUGAGUCGCCGAAAACGUGCGAAGGUUGAAUAUCGAGAAAUGGAGGAAAAAUAUAAUCAAAUAGAAGAUGAAAAUACGUCAGACACAUCUGAAAAAUCUAAAACAGGACUUGGUACUCCUGAGAAAAAAAAUCCAUCAGAGUUACAAAAAAAUGCAGAUGUUUCUGCACCUCCACCUGUACAGUCUACUCCAAAACUCGAAACAAAAGAAGAAGAUGAUCAAGACAGUGAUCAUGAAGAUCCUCAUGUGAAAGAGCUUUUAAAUGGAUUAGAAGGAGCUGCAUUUCAAAGCCGUUUGCCUUUUGAUAAACUAACAUCAACUGAAGCUGCGUGCUUUCCUGAUGUUUCAUCUGGUCCACCACAAACACAAAAAGUUUUCUUGCACAUAAGAAAUAGAUUGUUACAAUUGUGGCUAGAAAAUCCUAAACAACAAUUAAUUAUUGAAAGUGCCUUACCAGCUGUUGAAGCACCUUAUAAUAGUGAUCCUGUACUCACUAGAAGAGUUCAUGCUUUUUUAGAACGCCAUGGAUUUAUUAAUUUUGGAGUUUUUAAAAGAUUAAAACCAAUACCUACUAAAAAAUUAGGUAAAGUUAUAGUUAUUGGAGCUGGUAUUGCUGGGUUAGCAGCUGCUCAACAAAUGCAACAGUUUGGUCUAGAAGUGAUAGUAUUAGAAGCACGAGAUAGAGUUGGAGGAAGAAUUGCGACAUUUAGAAAAUCUUCUUACAUAGCAGAUUUAGGUGCAAUGGUUGUUACGGGACUUGGAGGGAAUCCAGUUACGACUUUAAGUAAACAGAUUAACAUGGAAUUGCAUAAAAUAAGACAAAAAUGCCCUCUUUAUGAAAGUGAUGGUCAAACAGUUCCAAAAGACAAAGAUGAAAUGGUGGAGCGAGAAUUUAAUCGAUUACUUGAAGCCACAUCAUAUCUUUCUCAUCAGCUAGACUUUAAUUAUGUUGGUAGUACAAGUUCCACUGGGCAAUCAGGUAAUACGAGACCAGUUUCCUUAGGACAAGCUUUAGAGUGGGUAAUUAGACUUCAAGAGCAAGGUGUCAAACAACGUCAAGUAGCCCACUUGCGCUCUGUGCUUUCCCUCCAAGGCAGACUUAUAGCGAACCAGCAUCGAAUGAUUGCUAUAAAAGAAAGGUUAACUGAGUUGAAUGAAUAUUAUAAAGAAAUGAUGGCCAACAGAUUGGUUGUCCGUGAUAUUACUCAAGAAUUUGUAUUUCGUUCGAAACUUCGUGAUUUGCAUAAUGCUUGCAAGGAGUGGGAUCAGCUUGCUGAACAGCAGAAAGAAAUAGAAGCAAAGUUGCAAGAGCUAGAAGCUUCUCCUCCAAGUGACGUUUAUUUAUCAUCGAAGGAUCGGCAAAUACUCGACUGGCAUUUCGCAAACUUGGAAUUUGCCAAUGCAACUUCACUAUCGAAUCUGAGCUUGAAACACUGGGAUCAGGAUGACGACUUUGAAUUUACGGGGAGUCAUCUAACUGGUGAGUAA